CUUGUAGACAUCCAUCAUUUUCUUAUUCACCAUGCUGCGUAUGAUCACCAUGUCACCAAGAAUCCUUCGUGCCAUUUUCAUGGUUGCGUCUUCUCUACUCGGUUUCGUGACGUUGUGGCAACUUCCAAGCACUUCGACGCUGCGGGGCCACUCUCCGCAGCAAAUCGACUGGUCGCGAUUUGCAUACACCCAAUAUGCCACCGAUCGGUCUUAUCUGUGCAACUCUGUGAUGAUUUUCGAGGCUCUCCAUCGUCUGGGAAGCAAAGCCGAUCGCGUGUUGGUGUAUCCUUCCAGUUUUCUCACGUCGGAGACCGAUCUUUCCCCGGAAGCGCGUCUACUCCGGUUUGCAAGGGAUCAAUAUGCAGUCAAGCUUAAGCCAAUUCAAGUCAUUCAGAAGGGUGGGGGAGGAGCACCGUGGUCCAAGAGCUACACAAAGCUCCUCGCCUUCAAUCACACAGAAUACGACCGCGUUCUCAAUCUAGACUCGGACGCAACCCUUUUGCAGACAAUGGACGAGCUCUUCCUGCUCCCACCUGCCCCGGUUGCCAUGCCACUGGCCUACUGGGUGCCUCCCAAUGAGCGAACCCUCACCUCCGGACUCAUGCUCAUUGAACCGUCCACGACCGAGUUGAACCGCGUCAUGGAUGCAAUCGAGAAUAGUCCUCCAACUGAAUAUGACAUGGAGAUCAUGGACAAGCUCUAUGGAAAAAGUGCGCUCGUGAUACCGCACCGUCCCUACAUUCUUUUGACGGGCGAGUUUCGUUCCCAGAAACAUGAAAAGUAUCUGGCAAAUGCAGAUGAACCGUGGGAUGCUGAUAAAAUCAUGAAAACCGCCAAAUACCUGCACUUCUCCGACUGGCCGGUUCCUAAGCCAUGGGUUGCAGCCACUCAGCAUGUCAUCACAGAGAAACAGCCUUCAUGUGAAUUCAAUCCGAAGACAGGUCAGCAGGAUGAUUGCCAUGUUCGGGAUAUUUGGUUGGGGAUCUAUAAGGACUUUAUGACUAGACGGCAGGACAUAUGUGUUGCUGUGCUACAAGAAGAAGACGAAUCGUCAUGACGGUAUUUAGCAACUAUAGAUGGCUCCACUUACCACGGAGCGCUGGACGCUCUCAUGUAGUAUUCUAUGUCUGUCUGUAUUUAUUAGUAUCUGGCUCAUUCGACAUAUUGGUUUCUUCUCAUGGGCGUUACUUUUCUCAGUUCAGAAGAAUUUGUUUUCCCCCUCUCGCUGUCUUCAUUAAACUUCUGCUCUUGUCUCAGUGCGUGUGCGUUUAGGUUAUAUUUCGAUAUGGACAACAAUAGUAUUCGUCAAGUAGUCUCCCAAAUUAGGGAACCACUACAGACACAUCACGCGCUUCUAA